AUGUCUACGGGUUUGCGCUACAUCAGGAAACACUUCUUCGCCAUUGAGGCUCUGCCCAUUGUCGGCAUCGUCAGCGUUGUCUGCGGAGGCGGAAGCUGGUACCUCUACAGGAUUUCCCAGGGCCCUAACAUCGUUUGGACCCGUGCCAACCCUCAGCCCUGGAACUCCAUCAAGGAGGAUGAGACGCCGAAGAUCAUGACUAUCCACCAAGCAGCCAAGCAUGGGUGGCAUCGCGAGAAGCUAUAG